GAACCCCCCCAGCCGGGCUUGCGUCUGUCACACCAAGCCCUGAGAAAACUGACGUGUUUUUCGCAUUUCCUGCGCCAGAGAGAGGAGAGAGAGAGAGAGGGCAGUGUCGGGGGGGAGGCAACCAGAGGUAUGUCCUCGGGUAGUUCUUUCAACAGCAGUGGCUGAAACCAGGCCAGGCACCGAGCAGCAGGAACCACUGUGUACCUCCACACCUACUGCGUGCAUCAGCCCCUCCUCUCCGCCCCUUGCUGCGGUUGUUUCCAGCCGCCUGUCUAGUCGCAGCAGUCUGGCUGGAACAUCCCUGAUGUACCGCGGCGGGUGCCAGCAGGCGUCUGGAGCCUACCCACCAGCUCAUACGGUGCAAUGCAACACUGGCUAUUGCUUCCAGGGUGCCAGCCUAUACAGCUAACGGAGCUUUUUAAUACCUCGAAGGUAAAAGCCAUGACAUGCCGAGUCACAUCUGGGGCCUCUGCUUGGAGGGUUUUUCUUAACUCUGUAACGUUGUUGCAUGUUUCUUCCGUUCACUUCUAAAGAAAGCGUUGACGGUUUUUCCCUGCUUUUGCAGCUGCAGUGCAUUUUUCGGGGUAUUUUUGUGGCAUAGCCCACACAAGACAUGUUGACGCCUUUCAGCAAGAAACAAUUAGGAUACGUGGUUGUCGUUUUCUCUGUCAACUGAGGAUUUACAACAGCCUGUGUACUCGGAGCACCACCGGUUGAACAGAGCUGUUAUUGAAGUUAAUUUAUUUGAUUUUUUUUAAUAACAAACAAACUUCCACGUCAAAGCUCUGUGAGUGGGACCGUGCUGUCAUCAUGGUGAUCUUCAACGGGCAGCUGAAGAUCAAAAUCCGUGAGGCUCUGAACCUCAAACCGACGGCUUGGUCCCUACGUCACGCCGUCGGUCCAAAGACCCAGACGUUCAUGCUGGACACAUACAUCGCCCUGAACGUGGACGACUCCCGCGUGGGCCAAACCUGCACCAAGCAGAAGACCAAUAGUCCCGCGUGGAAUGAUGAGUUCACUACGGAGGUCCACGACGGCCGCAGAAUCGAGCUGUCCGUCUUCCACGAUGCUCCCAUUGGUUACGACGACUUUGUGGCCAACUGCAUCAUCCAGUUUGAGGACAUCCUGCACAGUGGGAGCAAGCACUUCGAGGACUGGAUUGACCUGGAGCCAGAGGGGAAGGUGUAUGUUGUCAUUGAUCUAUCAGGAUCUUCCAGUGAAGCUGCUGCAGGUUCCACAGAAAAUGAGGAACGAGUGUUUCGGCAGCGGAUGCGUCCCAGGAAGCGUCAGGGUGCUGUCCGUCGGAGGGUGCACCAGGUCAACGGACACAAGUUCAUGGCCACCUACCUGAGGCAGCCCACCUACUGCUCCCACUGCAGGGACUUCAUCUGGGGCGUCUUAGGAAAGCAGGGCUACCAGUGUCAAGUGUGCACAUGUGUGGUCCAUAAGCGCUGCCAUGAGCUGAUCAUCACAAAGUGUGCAGGGAUGAAGAAGCAGGAUGACACAAUUGGAGAGCAAGUCGGCUCUCAGAGGUUCAGCGUCAAUGUGCCGCACAAGUUCAGCAUCCACAACUUUAAAGUUCUCACCUUCUGCGACCACUGUGGCUCUCUGCUGUGGGGUCUGCUGCGACAGGGACUCCAGUGUAAAGUGUGUAAAGUGAAUGUACACAGACGCUGUGAGAGUAAUGUAGCUCCAAACUGUGGUGUGGACGCCAGAGGGAUUGCUAAAGUUCUCGCUGACCUCGGUGUCACACCAGACAAAAUCUCCAACAGCGCCCAGAGGCGGAAAAAGCUUUCUCACGGUCAGGACCCUCAACCGCCGUUAUCCGGGACGCCCAAGACAGAAGACGAUCGCUGCAAGUCAGCCCCCACCUCCCCGUGUGACCAGGAUGCAAAGGAGCUGGAGAACAUCCGGAAGGCUCUGUCGUUAGACCACCGUGGGGAGGAGAAGAAAACACAUCCCCUCUCCUCCGCCUCAUCUGUUUCUACAGUAACAGGCGACAGUCAAGGAGGUGGGGAUAAAGGAAGUGUCAAGGUGGAGGGCGAGAGAGGCCGGGAGAACGGAGUGGUUAAAGGUCACAUUGCUCCUGAGGUCAAGAGAAUGAACUUGCAAGACUUUUUGUUCAUCAAAGUUCUGGGAAAAGGAAGUUUUGGAAAGGUGAUGCUGGCGGAGUUAAAAGGCAGCGACGAGGUUUACGCCGUCAAGGUGUUGAAAAAAGACGUGAUCCUACAGGAUGACGACGUGGACUGCACCCUGACAGAGAAACGGAUCCUCGCUCUGGCCAGAAAACACCCGUACCUCACACAGCUCUUCUGCUGCUUCCAGACUAAAGAUCGUUUGUUUUUUGUCAUGGAGUACGUUAAUGGAGGUGACCUGAUGUUUCAGAUCCAGCGAUCGAGGAAGUUCGACGAAGCUCGAUCUCGUUUUUACGCAGCUGAGGUCACGUCUGCCCUCAUGUUCCUCCACCGACAUGGAGUCGUAUACAGGGACUUGAAGUUGGACAACAUACUGCUGGAUGCGGAGGGUCACUGUAAGCUGGCAGACUUUGGGAUGUGCAAGGAGGGAAUCCUGAAUGGGGUCACUACCACCACCUUCUGUGGGACGCCAGAUUACAUCGCACCUGAGAUCCUUCAAGAGCUGGAGUACGGCCCCUCUGUGGACUGGUGGGCUCUGGGGGUGCUGAUGUACGAGAUGAUGGCAGGCCAGCCACCAUUUGAAGCUGAUAAUGAGGAUGACCUGUUUGAGUCCAUCCUCCAUGAUGACGUCCUUUAUCCUGUCUGGCUCAGCAAGGAGGCUGUCUCUAUUCUAAAAGCAUUCAUGACCAAGAGUCCAAACAAGCGUCUGGGCUGUGUGGUGGCUCAUGGUCUCGAAGAGGCCAUCAAACUCCAUACGUUCUUCAGAGAGAUCGACUGGACGCUGCUGGAGCAGAGGAAGAUCAGGCCACCCUUCAAACCACGCAUCAAAACCAAAAGGGAUGUGAAUAACUUUGACCAGGACUUUACUCGAGAAGAACCUGUCCUUACACCGACAGAUAACAACAUCAUCAAGCAGAUCAACCAAGAUGAGUUUAAAGGAUUCUCCUACUUUGGAGAUGAGACUGUUGCCUAGACACAGACACACAGACACACAGACACACAGACACACAGACACACAGACACACACAGACACACACAGACACACACAGACACACAGACACACAGACACACAGACACACACACACACAUACACACAGACAAACACACACACACACACACACACACACACACACACACACACACACACACACAAAUUAAUACACAUGCACUAAAACCAUGCGUACACACAACAAAAGCGAGUGAGAAAGGAGAGUAAAAUGACCUCUAGAGAGAGGCUUUCUGUACUGUUCCAUGAAAUAUACCAGACCAUCUGUAUCUCUCUUUAAAGUUUCUGUGCUCUUGUGUGUGUACAUCUGUGCAUAUUCCAUCAAACUAUAUGCUCAAGCAGUGUGAGGGUGCCAGUCAGAAACUGUAAGUUAUGACACAGAUCUCCUCCUCUUGGUCCGGAUGCAUUUCUGAGACACAAAACAGAAGACACGACCAAACAGUGUCAAGGUCAUGAGCUGCUGUUGUUUUGUGUGAGAGAGAUAAUGUGUGUACAGGUGUGCAUGCAUGUGUAGCUGUAUACCUCUGGAAAAGAGUAAGACUGUCAUUUCUGUACAUGAUGUGAUAUGUCUUGUGUUCGUCUCUGUGUUUAAAAGAAUGUUUUCUCUUCCUUAAACUUGUAUGUGAAUGAAAAAAAGAACCAAUGAUUGUAUUUAAAGAGAGAAAGUCGAGAAAAGUGUUUUCACUAUAAAAGAAAAUGAGUUUUUUCUGAUGAAAUCAUGAUGGCAGAAGAUGUUUCUUUGUUCCUUUAUUUGAAAUUUAGAUUGAAAUUGCAGUUUAAAUGUUGACUUAAAAAGAUGCACCAAAAAGCGUUUUGAAUUUCACUGCACUUUUAUUGCUUCAGUUUUGUUUAUACUGCAGGAGAAGGUAACGCUAUGUAUCAUUUUUUUUUAACCUACGGUUAAUAUUUUAAACACCUCAAUGAUUCUGUUCAUUUUUAUAAAAACAAGGGUACUAUCAGCCCCUAACUAACAAACCUACAGUAAUUCACCCCCCAAGUAUCACGUGUUGUAUUGGGAUGUUCUGUAAGUGUUAAAAAGCUGUUUUCUGUCUAUCCUGAUGAAUCAGUUGAGAUAGUGGUCCAAUGAAGCCAAACAAGAAGCUGAAAUCACAAAACUCCUAAAGAUAGCCCUUGAAAAAUAAGUUCUUCAUGAAUCCCUUCAUGACCACUCAACCAUCAAAAUGCCUUGUGUGCUUGUGUACAGUGUUCACAUAUAACUGAUGACUAAACUUUAGAUGAUAAACCAGACCCCUUGAUUCAUGUGAAAGUUGUGAUACAUACACAGAUAUGAAUGUGUAAGUACAUGUGACUGAAUGUGAGAAACUGAAUUUAUGUGUUUGAGUGAUUUUUGUGUUCUUUAAGUUAAAACAUAUUUUUGUUAUAUAUAUUAUUGUUUUUGUGUUUUUUUUAUUGGAUGGUGUAGUUCUUGCUGACAUGUUUGAAAUGUUUGAAUUUCAAGUGAUGCAGAAGGACUCACCAGGUGAGAAACUCUGAGCGUCAUACUUUAGGUCAUCUUUGGACAGCUUGAACAAGGCAAUGCGUUCUCACUCCCAACAUGUUGAAUACAACAUUGUGGUUAGCGGCUAUAAACUUUGAAAUAUCACCUUAUAGGUACCACCCUGUAGUCAGGUUUUCACAUGCAGGGCUUUGCAUGAAGUUUGCUGUAAUAAGUAUGCAGCUUAGCAAGAAAGAACAAGAAAUGUAGCCUGGCAUCACUAGACCGAUUCCUUUUUCCAGGGGGCAUUAGCACCACAUGUGAAAGUGUCUCUGAAAGCCAUUGGAAAGACCGACAACCAAUUAGCGCAUUCAAGGGUAUGACUUAGCGCAGACAGCAGAAAAUGAUAGGACAGUUGAACAAAAAGAAAAGAAAAAAUACUUUAGUGUAACAGUUUGUUCUUGUUUUAAUGAAAAUACAUCUUCCAUUUUGUUAGAACGGCCGCAAUAAUGGAUUCAACAGACCCCCCUGCCGCUGUAGCUGCCAUCUUGUUUGUUUACAAAAAGGCUGUGUGGUCAUCUUGUAAAACCCGCCCCAUUUCUAAAUAAUGGACCAUGAUUGGUCCAUUGUAUCUGAAGUUGGUGGGAAUUCGUUUAUGCCUACCACCAAAAAUGAAUUUAGCUGGCUGAUGGGUCCAGAGUCACCAUUAUUUUAGUAAAAGAUAGCAGUACUGUUUAAAACCAAACCAAAGUUAUCAAAAUCACUUAACUUAAAAACAAUUCAUAUUUUUUAAAAGCAGUUAAUCACACAUUCCAUUUCAAGCCCAGAUGGACAUUAUGACUCUUUGAUUUCACAUCAGAACAAGCUUGAGAAAUGCGACCACACAUGAUGACAGAAAGCGACCCUGCUGGUCAUAUUUUAAUUUCAACUUGGGGUUUCUGACCAAAUUGCAAAUUUGACUUGAUGGGAGUGAGAACAAACGAGAGCACUGAUGGAAAGUAAUCCUAAGAAAGCAAACAGGGUUUGAUCCUUGUGGCAGAUCAGAUUGAUGGCUGUGCAGUGAACUGAAAAGAAACCAAACAUCUUCACAAAAACUCCAUGUGCAAUACUUCGAUAGAGGUUUACUUUUGUUUGAUUUUCUGUGUAUUUCCAAACAUUUUAUUUUUCAAUCUGUUCUUAUCUUCUUCCCUUCCUUUUUAUUUCUCUGCUGUCAUCCUUUGACACAUAUCCACCAUGAGACCAUAGUUUUAGGCCACAUAAGGAAGAAACACUUGUACCUUUUUCAGUCAGCCUUUGAGCAAAAGUCCCCCUGCAUUACAUCGACAAUAAACUGUCAUAAAUUAGGAAGCAAAUUCAGGCAAAGUUACAAAAAAAACAAAAAAGUAUUGACCCAACAUCUCCAGUAGUGUGUUGCGUACAUGACUCAGUGCAUUCGCUAUUUUCCCUUUGUGCUUCUUGUCUGGUAAAAAGAACCUUACACUAUGUGAUUAUUCCCUUAAUCAUAUACUUUAACCUAGCAUUACAUGUAGGUGGUGCAAAAUGUGUAAAACUGGUGUGUCAUCGCUAAAGAAAUAAAGUCCCUGGGAACAUUGUGAAAUAAAAUUCAGAAAGUUUGAUGAUGUAGUUUAAUGAGUGAAGUCUAUAUGGAUUUGCACUGAGGCUGAGGGGUGACUCAGUUACUUAGUGAAGUAUUGCCUAAAACCAUUUUUUCUCUCAGGAGCAUACCAAAGUCCUCUAAAGUGACUUAAAGACAAAAACAUUUUUUUUCACCAAUUUGCUCAUUGUUGUCCUUGUGCUAUCACAUAAUAUUAACACAUUUAAUGCCGUCAUCAUGCAAUGCUUAGGAGUUCAUGAUCGUUACACUUUUUUGUGAGAUGUGAUUACCUAGUAAAGUUUGACAAAAUACCAGAGUAAAAAUAGUAAAAACAGGCAGGAUGGUGAUAGUGCAGGACCAGCUAAAGAGAAUUCAGUCAAGAUUCUGACAGUAAAGUGGUUUUUCACCACUAGUGUUCAUGGAAAGAAAUAAAGAUGAAGGAAGGAAGUCUUUUAUAUACAUUUAGACUUUUCAAAACAUAAGAACAAAACCCUCCUUAGCUGACAAAUGUUCUAUGAUGCCUAGGGCCAAUCCUGAAAUUCAACUUUGUUGAUAACAUUGUAGCUUAAAAUUCACAUUUAAAAUAAAAAUCUUCCAACUCAUAUUCAUUUUUUUCCCUAUAAUACCCCUCUGUUCAGAAAUGUGCAUGUAGCAGUAAAAUCACCUCAGUGUUGUAGCAGCAGUAAUGGGAGUAGAAGUUCAAUACAGUAGCUGGCAUGGGACACUCAAUCAUUAAAGUUUCACAAUGUCAAACAAUUUUAAUACCUACUUAUUUCAAUUCAUUACACUCUCUCUGAUCAUCUGUUCUCUCUCCUUCCUAUCAAUGUGUCCUGCUGCUUGUUUGUUUAGUCUUUCAUUUUAAAAAGAAGUUUGAUGGUCUCACUCCGGUCCAGGAAGGAUGUUGUCUCUCAGAGACCUCCAUGCUAGAUGCCAAACACUUUUUCCACUCUCUUUAGUUUUUGAUGUUUGUAACGGAGGAGAAAGAAAACAAACUUCAUGUAAGAAUUAAGAAAAUCUAUCUAAUGAAUUCAGAAGGUUGAUGUUGGCCAUUAAAACAGUAUUAAGCUUCUUUCUCAUAAAACCUAAUAUCUUCCAGACUGUUACUGUAUCUACGUGUCUUUUUUUUGUGCACUCUCUGUAUUUGUGAAGCUUUGUGCGUAUAUUUUGUCAUCUGACCUCUGUUUUGUUAUUUUAGAUUCCCUUCAUUUGUGUUUUUUUUUCUUCCUUUUGCGCUGUGUGCCAAAUGUACUGUAUCUUAUUAAAAUAUGUGAAGGUGUAUUUUAAUUUUUGGAAACAAAUUAAAUAUCAUGAUGUGAGAAACAAA